AAAACCAGGAGGAGUGUGUGUCCGUGGAGCACAGCGGAGAGGAGGCGCUCCGGCGGAGAGGUGCGCGGGACGAGCUGUGGUGAGGUUGUUGUCUUGUGCGCGCUCGGGAGACAACAGGGAGACGGUGCGGACACUGGAUCUUUACUCCUGCUGCUGUGGACAUAUCGGGGCUGAGAGCAGAGACACUGAAGCUGCACGGAGUUAAAUCUGCACUCAGUGGACAGUUAAAGGACAGGACAAAGUCGCUCGCUGCCGGCAGAGAAGAGGCCGCUCUGUUGCUUUUCACUUGGACCAUUGUCCUCAGGCAGCUGCUCUUUCAAUGUGGGAUACAGUUUUGUUGCUCUCGCCAGGCUGAAAUCCUCCAGGGUCAGGACCUCCCUCAUGGCAGCCAUGCUCCUUGGGCUGCUGCUCUUUGCAAUACAGUCUCCCCCCAUCCCCUCGAGGCCGAUGGCUGACCAGGGCCCACCCUCACCUCCCAUCUCAACGCCCGCCGACAACGGGACCACCGGCCACCCAAACGGCACCGUCCAGCAGCUUCCUCAGAUUAUAAUCAUCGGGGUGAGGAAGGGGGGGACGCGGGCACUGAUCGAGAUGCUCAGCCUGCACAGCGCGGUGGCGGCGGCUCAGAACGAGGUGCACUUCUUUGACUGGGAGAGCCACUUCGAGAAGGGCUUGCCCUGGUACCUCAGCCAGAUGCCCUACGCCUUCCCCGACCAGCUGACGGUGGAGAAGACGCCGGCCUACUUCACCUCCAGCGUAGUCCCCAAACGCAUCCAUCAGAUGAACCCUGACAUCAAGCUGCUGCUCAUCCUCAGAGACCCCACGGAGCGCGUGCUCUCGGACUACACCCAGGUCUUUUACAACCGCCUGCAGAAGCACAAGCGCUACCAGCCCAUCGAGUCCGUGCUGGUGAAGGAUGGCGAGAUCAAUCUGGGAUACAAGGCUCUGAAUCGCAGCCUGUACUAUGUGCACAUGCAGAACUGGCUGCAGUACUUCCCGCUGGAGAGCAUUCACGUGGUGGACGGGGACGAGUUGAUCAGGGACCCCUUUCCAGAGAUGAAAAAGGUUGAGCGAUUCCUUAAGCUGGAGCCGCAGAUAAACGCUUCCAAUUUUUACUUCAACAAAACAAAGGGAUUCUACUGUUUGAGGGACCACGGGCGAGAGAGGUGUUUACACGACUCCAAAGGCAGAGCUCACCCUCACGUGACGCCUGUCAUCCUGCAGAAACUCUACCAGUUCUUUCACGAACCCAACAAGAAGUUCUUUGAGCUGGUGGGUCGGACAUUCAACUGGAAAUGAGCGCUUGAAUAGUUUGGCGUAGGGUCGCUCGGGGAUAAUGUCCUCAACCUGUCCUGUUCCCGACUAACCCUGUAGACAACGGGACGAAGCUAGUGUGAAUUCAAACUAAAUCUAUUUUUGUAAAGGUGCAUUUGUUACAGGAGGACGAUGGAGCCAAAUAUCAGGGCAAACUGCAGCUCAUGACUCUGUUACUGUUUGUUUUCUCACCGUCUCUCUCUCUGUCGGAGACGCUCACGACUGCUCGGCUCGUCUCUUCGAAGCCGGCGACACUCAGACUUUAGACAGUGCCAGUCAAUGUGUUGCAUAAGGAUAAGUACCAGGCAGUUUAAUAUUGUCUUAUCUCGUUGCCCUUCGUAUAACAUGACUUUAUUAACGUCUAACUAGCAUUUAAAGAUCUAAAGGACCUUUUACCUUGCUGCUAUGAUUUCCUCAGUCACCUUCAGGCACAUCACUGAAUAUGUCCUUUUCAAAAUGUUUCUUCAUGUAAGACUCAGUCAUAUAAAACUGAUAUGUUUUGCCCGAUCAUCACGAUGUACUGUAAAUACAUUUUUUUCUAAAGUGAAGAAUUAAUAUCAUAAUAAAGAUGUAUUUUAUUUUUA